AUGGUGAGAGGGGCGACGUCAGUGCUAACCAUAGCGCUGGCAUGGGCGUGCGUGGUUCGUUCCAGCGUCCUUGUGCCCACCUACGUGUUGCCGCCUGACUCGUUCGUGCGUGAUCAACGAUCUCUCGACACACGAUCUGACAGCGACACCUCCGAAUCACAGCGCAUGAUAAAACGGCUGAUCGGAGGGCAUAUGAAAAUCAAAGCUGAAAAAGAUCAUGGCAACUCUAAAAACUCGAUAAAAGAUGACUCAAAGAGUGAAAGUUCUAAAUUCGCUGGAGUUAUUGUGCCGGACCUUUCAGGCGGCACAGUAGGAUGGAAUCAAGGUAUCUGGGAUGACGGCAUGCUCAUGUCCAGCGCGGGAGCGGGGAAAGAUACGGGAAAGAUGAAAGAGGAUGAUGAGGACAAAAAAACCUUAUCAGACCAAGUGGCUGAAGGAAAAUAUGGAUUAAUACAAAAUGAAAUAUUCUCCAAAGCACCCAAACGUCCUGGUAUAUUGAGCUAUGAGCCCAAUUCCGAAACAAGAACUAAAGAUAAUGUGCAAAGUCUUGGCGGCCUUAAAAAGGAAGAGAUAUGGCUCGCUGAGGACCACCUUCUGGUUUUAAAAGGAGGCUCAUUCCCAGAACGUACCCAGGAAGCAGAAAAUAACCCGUGGCCACCAAUAGACAACUAUGAGGCGCCCAGGAGGCAAGUAAAGCUACCACAGAAACCAAAAGUACCACCGCCCUUUCCGGUUCGACUCUCCGACGACGGACCGCUCGUCUUUCUCACACCUAACGGCAGUGUCCCUGCGCCCAUUUACCCACCCUUCCCUACAGGAGAAGGCGAAGGCCCUCUACCUCCUUCGUCAUUCCUUAUUCCAGACGGUGCGCCCUACCCGGAAAGUGAUUAUCAAAAAAACACUUCUGCCGGGCCCUCUUCGUUGCCAAGUCCUCCGUUCCCAUUCCUACCCGGGAAUGCGAGCGAAGGAGCAUUUCCCUACCCUCCAUCCAUAAACGGCUCUUUUCCAGAAGGCUUUCCUCCGGGCGCAGCAUUUCUACCACCACCCAGCAACCAAACCGAUCUAUACGACGAAGACGACCCUUCGAUAUAUUAUCCGCCGCCAUACAAUUUUUCCUAUCACGCUGAUUAUAAAAGCAAUGUACCAGCUGGACCUCUGGUACCUGGGAUUAUUUUACCACCUCCGCCAGAUUUCUUUGCUCCUCUUGAGGAAAAAACAACAACGGAGAUGGACAAACCUUCAAGGCCAACUCCCACCCCAACGUACACAAGAUCAAAGACUACAACUAAACAAACAGUAAACAGAAGCAAACAUAAAACAAGACCAACAACAACUGAAAGUGCACAAACGAGUGAACUUCCUACAACGACAUCAAUGCCAACAGUUGAAGUUGUAACUUCCCCGAAAUACAGAAAAGCCCAACGCUUGCCACUACCUCCAAGGCAAUCUUUCAGAUCGCAAAAUCUUCCAAAGGAACCAGUCACUAAACCCAAGACUGAUAAGCCAGUUUACAAAACACGAACAAAACUGACAUCAAAACCCCUUUCUGUGUCGGUGAUUUACGAUUAUCCACAACAAUCUUACGAUAAUAAUCCUCCAACAACUACGGAGAAGCCUUACAUCUAUUAUGAAGUGCCACAAAAAACAAAAGAAGUCGCUAAUGACAUAACGUCAACAGCCGUACCAUUACGAGCAUAUUAUUCAAACCAUCAAAACGACGAAGUCCCGACGACAAAAUUACAACCAGUGUACAAUCGGAAACCGAAUGAAGAUGCUAUCGCUUCGUUUUACUUCUUUGACGAACAACCUAAAAGUUCACCCAGACCCGAUAACUUUUACGAUGGAAGAAAUUACUACAAAACUGUACCCAGUCAAGCUCCAUACAAUCCUCAACAAAAUAGCAACUCUCAAACCGGAUACAGACCCACAGUUGACGUUGAAUACGGUUCCAUCGAUCAGGAAGCUCUAUUUUUAUGGCCGCAGAAACAAGGACCGAAAACAUUAACACAAGAAUACUUCAGCAUACAAAAACCAAGACCACAAGUUUAUGUACAACAGAUUAAACAGAGACCUGAUCCAUUCUAUCAACAAAUAGCGGAUAUACAACAGACCAUCGAGUUAUAUACAACUAAGAGACCGAAAUCACAUAGAACACACACAAGCAAACCUCAACACACGAACCCCAGGCCGGUGUAUCAAUUUAGUUUUGAAACUAAACCUCGACCUGAGAAGUUGACCUUCAGAGCACCUAAACUUGACCCCGAACCAUUCAGACCGAUGGUUAGUUACAGUAAACCAUUCAAUUUGCAAAACGAGUUCAAUGCCAUCACACCGUCUGCCUCACCUGUUUACCAUCAGCAAUAUCUAGUGGAAAAUGUUCAAGUUACAACUGAAUCUCCCACUUCAUCGAGAUAUUAUCCUAAAACUAAGACAAGGGACGAAGAUUACGAAGAUAAUGUAUAUCAAAAAGAAACGUUUCCACAGAGCAACAUAAAUCAAAUCCCAGUAAGAACAGGAAAACCUACGAUAUCAAUAAAUAAACACCCAAGCACAACACCAAAUCCAAUCAGUAAUGGUUAUUACACUAAACAGGAUGAGAAGUAUUUUGACGAUAUCACAAAAAAUUCAUUUGAUGUAUUCGGUCAAAAACUAGAAGACACACAAGACGUGAAUGGAAUCGCCGUCACCGAACCGAUUGGUACCGUGAAGACGCCGAUUGAUAACAACAUAAACCAACAAUAUUACGAAGUUGUUAACGCGAAUCCAAACGCACCGAAUCUGAGCAAGGACACUAUAGUCAACGACCGAUAUCCGCGACCGACAGUCAAUCCAUAUAGUGUACCGAUUGAACAUCGGCCACAUAACGAAGAACUCAUCGAAGAACCGAAACCUAUUUCGCUAUACGGUGACACAUUGGUCAACGAGAAACUUCCACGACCCAUGAUAAAUCCAGACAGCGAGUUCAUACCAAUACCGGAUCCAAAUUACAGAAAACCCCAGCAGUAUAGACAACAGAGCCAGGUUCAGAGACCUCAGUAUACUGGUGAACAGUAUGACCUGAACGGUCCAUCGUUAGCUGGUGAUACGGCUGUGAAUUACAAGCGGCCUCUACCACCAGUCAAUCCUGACUCCGAGUGGAUAGGACCAGUGAAUUCUGGCGAAGGUCGACCCGGUUCAUACGUAUCCUAUCGUUUACCAGGCGACGGCGCCCACGUUUACUUCCUAACACCGCAAACCGCACAAAGAUACAGAAAACCGGGUUACGGUCGUUGA